AUGUCCGACAAAGACAUUUAUCCAAAUAAAUUCAGCGAACUGCGAAGUAUCUGUAAAUACUACAUUGAUUUAUAUAAUGCGUUAUAUCAGCUGAAAACUGAAAAAGAAGAAGAUUUAAACUCAAUUUACAAAAUGAUCAAAACAGAAUUGAUUGAUUCAAAUAAACAUCCACCACAAAUAAUUAUUCGAGACAUUUUAAAUAUUAUUCCGUAUAAUAAUCGCUAUACAAAGUCAUAUUUAUCCCUUGCCAAACUCAUAUCUGAUGAUUACCAUGUCACAGAUGUCAGAGAUGUUGAGUCUAUUUCAAACUUCUUGUUUUUCAAAGAAUAUGGAAUCAAAUUAAACAAAUCGGACAAUUUCAAAAAAAUUAAAUCUGAAAAUCUCAAUUUUCAUACAGAAGAUACAAUUUACAGAGCAAUUAUGUAUAAUGACUUAGAAAGAUUCAUUGCAUUCACAGAAAGAGAAUGGUUUGAUAAAAAUCAAAGGCUUAAAAGCAGUUUAUAUCCAUAUUCUGAAGUAGGAUAUUCAUUACUUGAAUUGUGUUGUUACCAUGGAGCAGUUGAUUGUUUCAAGUUUUUAAGAACAAAAUUUCAAUCAUAUGUAUCUUAUAAAUGUCUUAAUUUGUCGUUUUUAGGAGGAAAUCCAGAUAUCAUGAGUGAAUGUUUGAAAUAUCAAAAACCAAAAGAAUAUGGAAAUUGCAUGGACUAUGCAAUUAUUUCACACAACAUUGAUUUUGUUACAUUCUUGAUGAACGAAUACCAAAUAAAGAUAAAUUUACUUUAUUGUGGAUUGCAUAAUAAUUUUGAAUCAUUUUUAGUUUAUUUCGAUCAAACCAAUGAUGUUAACAAAUGCUUUAAUAUUUCGGUGAAAUUUAAUAUUCCAUCUUUUUGCGAAUAUUUUCUAUCAAAUGGUGCAAAUAUCAAUGAAAAAUAUGAAUAUGGAGAAACCGCUCUUCAUUUUGCAGCAAUAAAUAAUAGUAAAGAAACAGCCGAACUUCUUAUUUCACAUGGAAUAAAUAUUAAUGAAAAAGAUAAAAAUGGAAAAGCCGCUCUUCAUUUUGCAGCAAUAAAUAAUAAUAAAGAAACAGCCGAACUUCUUAUUUCACAUGGAAUAAAUAUUAAUGAAAAAGAUAAAAAUGGAAAAGCCGCUCUUCAUUUUGCAGCAAUAAAUAAUAAUAAAGAAACAGCCGAACUUCUUAUUUCACAUGGAAUAAAUAUUAAUGAAAAAGAUAAAAAUGGAAAAGCCGCUCUUCAUAAAGCAGCAUUUAAUAAUAGUGAAGAAACAGCCGAACUUCUGCGCAAAUUUUGCGCAUUUGAAAAAGUUUGGAGUUGA